GUAAGAACGAUGAAACUUAAUGUUAACAAGAAAGGACGAUGCGAAUUCAAUAUACUAUUAGGUACAGGCCGUGUUACCCGAAUCUUACUAUUCAAUUUCUUUCUGCUUCUACAUUGAGUCACUGGCCGAUGCAACUUACACUAGUGCAUGCUUCGGCUGAACAUACCUAACUAUCAAGUGCUUACACAGUUGGGUACUGGUAGAGGGCAUUCAAAUAACAAGAUGAAUUAUAGUCUACACGAGGCUCUGGUCAAUGGUGCCUGGAAGGGUACAAUUCCGCAACUUGUCUUAUGUGUCAAUCCAGCCUGCUUUCUGUCACUAUUAUCCGCAAUUCGCUUCUACUAAGCCUGGAAACAUCUACGUUGUAAAGACAUUGAUUAAAUUUGGUGAUGGCAUCUACGAGUCGCGAAGAGAUCACUUCGAGCGUUCUCGAAACUCUCAAAGGGACUCCCUACGAGGCAUAUUCCUUGGAAGUACUAUCAGGGGGUACAGUCAACUUCAUAUACCGAGUAACUUUAUCCAACCCACUCGAGGAUGGGACACAAAAUGUCCUAGUUAAACAUUCCGAGGAUUACGUUGCAAAUUCCUCAAGCUUCAAAUUGACCCUAUCUCGUUGUAAUAUUGAAGUAGGCUGCCUGAAGGCGUUAUCGGACUUCCCCAUCGUCAGCAAGGCAGAUCCGAGCGAUCCUUACAAUUUCGCCGUUAGGACGCCUAAAGUCUUCCAUUUCGACGACACAAACAACAGCCAAAUCCAGGAGUAUCUGCAAAAUGGUGUCGACUUGAAAACCUACGCUCUGGAGACGUAUGCCAAUUCUAAUUCAGAGGCAACGAAGCACCAAGCUCUCCAACUUGGAAAGGCCUUGGGAAGAUGGCUUCGGACUUUCCACGACUGGGCUGCGCAGCAGGGAGAACUCCGAAGCAUGGUUGCUAAAAACAAGGAGCUGCAGCAGUUGAAACAUAUAAUCAACUUUUCAUGGCUGUUCGAUAAGAUUAAACAGUUCCCAUCUAUUCUCGCCGAAGCCGAAGCCGUCUUUACGAAAGUAAAGGAUAUGGCUACUGCGGAAUUAAGCGACGAAAGCCAACUGCAGGUGAUUCACGGAGACUUUUGGUCAGGAAAUAUUCUGUUACCCAAGGGCCCGAUCCAGGAAGGAGAUGAUGUACCGAUGUUCGUUGUCGACUGGGAGAUGGCACAGCUGGGAAAGUUGAACUUGGACUUAGGUCAGAUGAUUGCCGAGUUAUACGAAUUGAAGCUAUAUAAAGGCAUCGCAGCCGGGCUUUGGAUGGUCCAGGGAUUUGUGAAUGGCUAUGGCGCGGUGAGCGAAGACUUCGCUUUCCGUACCGCAAUCCAAGCCGGAGCUCAUCUAGUCAAUUUCGGAACAUCAGUUCAAGGUUGGGGCACACAAGAGCAGGUUGAGAAUUGCGCACGCAUUGGAAGGGAUAUUGUGGUCCAUGCUUGGAAGAAAGACCGCCGAUGGUUCGAAGAGGGCGACCUUGCUUGCUUGUUUGAUAUAACUAGAUGAAUUGCCAUUAAGCUUUUCGGAAAGCAACGAGAGUCAAAUACUAUGUAAAAUCCGAGCUGCAAAUGAAGUGAAACUCAUCAAAUAUGAC